AAAAAAUAAAAAAUAAAAUCCCCAACUUCAUCUCCACCUUGAUCUCCAUCUCCCCAACCUUCCCUCGCCGCUGACACUGUGCGCUCUUCCCCACCUCUUUUCCUCCAUCCGUUUCCCCUUUUCGGUUCCCCGUUUCUCCUGCUCCCUAUACGAAGCUCGAAUGGCGGACCCCCAGCCGCUGGAGGCCCCCAACAACGGCGCCGUCUCCACCGUCGCCGCCGCUUUUCCCGCCGACUCGGCCACCGCCGCCACCACCGCUGCCGCCUCCGCCGCUGGUGGCGAAACCCUCGUCCCGGGCUCCAAGCGGCAGCGCCGCCCCAGCGUCCGCCUCGGCGACAUCGGCGAGCAGCCGGCUGCCAUCCCCUCCGAGCCCCACCCCCGCCGCAGCAAGCAGUGGAAGAUCUCUUCCUCCGCCUCCGCCGCCGGCGACCACCACCUCCGCCAUCCCCCGCCGCCCAGGGACCCCUCCAAGCCCCUCUCCAGGACCCGGCCCCUCACCACCCUCGGCCCCGACGAGUCCCGCGACGCCCCCGUCGAGGACCGAGUCCUCCUCCCCGUCGACGAGAACCUGGAGCCCCUCGCCGUCGCGAUCCGCCGGGGUGUCCGGGAUGCCAAGGCCCGGCGGGCUAUCGCUAGGCGGGCGAGGUCGGUUUGGACCUCCAAGGUCGAGGAGGGAACGGACGCCGUCGACCUGAAGUCGAGCGGCGGGGAUGACGCCGGCGAAGAGGGGUACCGGGAGUUCGGCGGCCUCCGGCGGGAGGACUCCGAGAGUCCGAGAGCGGCGGCGGGGGUUAGGGUUAGGGUUUCGGACAGUAGGGAUAUGGGUCCGUUCACUGAUGCGGUGGAAGGAGAUUUGCCGUCGGAGACCCACGGUGGGGAUUGGGACAACCAGAAUGGACAGUGCGGAUGGCACGAGGACGGCGGAGUCCGGUCGUGGCUGAACCAGCUGGGGCUCGGGCGGUAUGCACCGGUGUUCGAGAUCCAUGAGGUGGAUGAUGAGGUGCUACCAUUCCUGACUCUUGAAGACUUGAAGGACAUGGGGAUCAAUGCGGUGGGGUCAAGAAGGAAGAUGUACUGUGCCAUCCAGAAGCUCAAGAAGGGCUUCUUCUGAGAGUUUCCGUCAAGAAUGUUGUUGAAAGGGAAAAAGAGAAGUUUUAAAACUGGCGGCAAGAUGGGAAUUGCAAACCUGAAAUCGUUGAACUCUUGAUCUAGGGACAUGCGUAGUUGGUGAAGAAGCUUUGCUUCGAAAAUGUCUGCGUGGCAUGGUGUUUGUACUCGAGCUGUAUGGAACAGCAUAGUCACCAUAAGGAAUUGACCAGAGGUACUGCAUCAAUUUUGUCAACCAAUCAAGUAUUGGAUGUUGGACUGAGAAUUUCGGGAAUGUGGAAAGGGUUAGGAAAUGAUGUAGUACUUUCAUAUGCAUGGAGUUUGAAAAGAAACAAUAAGAGAAGUCUGGCAGGUUAGUAAGUUGUCAUCAUUUUUGUUUUCUUUUUUCUUUUUUUGUGGUUGCUAGUUGUGGUGACCUUAUAUUUUUCUAGCUUGGCUAGUUUGGGUUGUGAUGAGAACUUUCUACUCUGUCUAAGAUCUGAGGAGACUUUCCAUUCAUUUGUCAGAAGAUUAAGUCUUAUGAGGGAUCAACAGGGCUAUGACAGAUGCUCUUAUCUUUAUGCAGUCACCUUCUAGUGAGAUAGGCAAUAUUCAUGAGAUUUCAAACAGGGUAAAAGGCAGUGGAUACUGAUUCUUAUAGGCCGUGGUCGAUGAGAACUUAUUAUCGGGGACAGACAAACUGGAAAAAUUGCUAUAGGUAUUGAUACUAUAUUAAACCAAAAGCAAAUGAACUCAAGGGGCACCUCUGAAAGUAAGACAUUGUACUGUGUCUAUGCAGUGAUUGGACAGAAAUGCUCGACUGUGGCACAAUUAGUUGAAAUCUUGGAAAACGCAAUUCAUAUGCUUGAGGGUUCAAGAGUCGAAAGCUCAUUCUGCAAGAGCACCUGUAAUAUAUGGUUUGCAAUUCUCAUCUUCUUAUAGAUAUGGAGAUAAACUAAUACAUAUCGGUUGGUUAUGAUUUUUUUUCUGAUUGCAGGGGGUUUAAUGUUUUCAUAUGUUGAUGAUAUUAUCUUGAGGGUAAUGAGACCUUAAGGGCAGAUGUAGUGUUACCUUGAGAUGAUGAUUUGGAAAUUCUUUUGCCAUUUCCUGAUAGGGAUCAAGACAAGCAAUGCUGGAUAUGGCAUGCUGCCUCAAUAUUGUGUUGUAUGGUAUUAAUGGUCCAUGCUUGCUUGCACCUAUGUUUUCAAUAUUUGAAUUCAGUAGUACUUUUGUCUGAACAUAAAGAAGCCAUUAGAGAAAAAGCAAAGGAACAGGUGCCUUACUAAUGUCUUGUUGCUUGCUGGAUUCCCUCCUCUCUUAUCCUUCUUAAUUGAUGAAGCCAUGAAGAAAGGAGGGUUGAAGACUGGGCAGAUACCUAAUUUCUCCCCUUCUCCUCCAAACCUUUUCCCUUGUUCCCUCUCCCUUUGGUACCCAUUCUUUUCCUUUCUAUAUUCUUUUCUCCUAUAAAUUUUCAUCUAAAGCACUGGUAUCUCACCUCCGCAUCCC